UCCAACCUGCACGAGGCCGAGGGCAGGGACCCUAUGGCCUCCAUGUUCGGCGACAUGGGCUUCGGCGGCAUGCACGGCAUGCGCAGCGGCGGCUUCGGAGGCCGCGACCCCUUCGGCCAGCAGAGGCAGCCGCGCGCCCAGCAGCUCAAGAGCGAGCUGGAGGUGUCGCUCGAGCAGCUCUACACGGGCUGCACCAAGAAGCUCAAGAUCACGCGCAAGGUGCACGACCCAAGCUCCAACCAGAUGCGUGAGGAGCAGAAGAUCUUGGAAAUCAACGUCAAGCCCGGCUGGAAGGACGGCACGAAGGUGACCUUUGAGGGCCAGGGCGACGCUCUUCCCGGACGACCGGCGCAGGACAUCGUGUUCGUCAUCCGACAGAAGCCGCACAACAAGUUCAAACGCGACGGCGACAACUUGCUGUACCACGCCAAGCUCUCGCUACGAGACGCACUGCUGGGCAGCGGCACACUGACAAUCAAGACGCUCGACGGACGUGAGGUGCCCGUCCCGCUCGGAGGUGUGAUCGCCCCCGGCACGCGGAUGGUGAUCGCUGGCGAAGGCAUGCCUCUGCAGAAGCGGCCGUCGCAGCGCGGCAACCUGGUGGUGGAGUUCGACGUGCAGUUCCCCACCAAGCUCACUGAGGCGCAGAAGAACAUGGUGCGCCAGGUAUUGUAAACUACCAAGUUUUGAUAGGAUUUGGAGCUAGGUAGGAUGUCCGUCGCUAGGUGGUGUUCAUUUAUUCCGCUAAGCUUACUUAAUUAAUAGAAAAUGGUUGAAAAUUACACGAACAAUAUAUCUUGCUCCACCUGAAUCUGGUGGUGCUGCCCCACCAUCACUUGGGACCAGGCUUCAAGAGAAAACUUGGCAAAACUUGUAAGAGAAAUCGUGGGGUUUACUUCGCUAUGAUACAUCAUGAUUAAAAGUUGGUUGCUGCUCUCGAUCCUUCGCCUUUUCUCCUCGUGAACGAGCUAGCAGUCGCUCGCUUCCUCGUCUUUUCGCUUCGGUUUCAACUGGGAUCUGUUUUUCUUGUCUGGGUUAGUGGUGGAUCGGCCGGCUUCCUCGCCUUAUCUUCAUGUCGUCGGGGCGGCAAACGGACGUAACGCAUACGCAGCGAGCGAGCGAGAGCAACUGAAACGAAAAGCAAAGAACCAAAGCGCGUCCGUUGCGUGCGUGCGUGCGUGCCUUCCACCCACCGCCGCCAGGAAAGAGGAGAUAAAAAAGAACUUCUUCUUGCACCGCCGUCCAGGUCGCUGUGCGUCAAUCCACAACUCCAUCACAUGGUGCCGCGUCGGAUGUGCUGGUAGACGAGGCCUUCGGGCGUGAGCUGCGGCUUGUAGCCCGAGGACGCAGCCCAGGCCUGGAUGUUGAUGUCGUCCUUAGUGGUCUUGACCACCUCGGCGGCCUUCUUGGCCUGCUGCUCCU